GUGGGGGCCCGGGGUGAUCAGGGCUCCGCCUCCAAUCUGCUAACAUAAGAGGCCCCUCCCUCUGGGUCCGCGCACUUCCAGAACUCACAGGACCAGGAGCCGCUUCGGAACCGAAGUCACGAUAUGGCCAGCUGUUCAGGAUGUGGACCGGGAUACCGCAGCCCGCUGGACGCCAUGAAGGGUCCUCGGGAGGAGAUCGUCUAUCUGCCCUGCAUCUAUCGCAGCACCGGCAUCCUGAAGCCCGACUACCUGGCGACUGUUGACGUCGACCCAAAAUCCCCCACCUACUGUCAGGUGAUCCACCGGCUGCCGAUGCCGAACCUGCGUGACGAGCUGCAUCACUCCGGCUGGAACGCCUGCAGCAGCUGCUUUGGAGACGCCACCAAGACGAGGAACCGCCUGAUCCUGCCGUCGCUGAUCUCCUCCAGAAUCUAUGUGAUCGAUGUUGGCACCGAUCCCAGAGCGCCGAAAAUCCACAAGAUGGUGGAGCCUGUUGAGGUGCUCUGGAAGUGCAACCUGGCCAAUCCUCACACCAGCCACUGUCUGGGCAGCGGGCAGAUCAUGAUUAGCUGCAUGGGGGACCCGUCAGGUGCUGGCAAAGGGGGUUUCCUUCUUCUGGACGGUGAGACCUUUGAGGUGAUUGGUAACUGGGAGCAUCCAGGUGAAGCAGCCCCGUUCGGCUAUGACUUCUGGUACCAGCCCCGCCAUAACGUGAUGAUCAGCACCGAGUGGGGGGCGCCCAAAGCCCUGGUGGAUGGAUUCAAUCCUGCUCAUGUCAAAGAAGGUCUCUACGGAUCCUCCCUCCACGUUUGGGACUGGACCACACACAGGAAGCUUCAGUCCCUGGCUCUGGGAGAAGAUGGCGCCAUUCCUCUGGAGAUUAGGUUCCUCCAUGAUCCAAGCGCCACUGAGGGCUAUGUGGGAUGUGCUCUGCGAGGAAACGUCUUUCGAUUCUACAAAAAAGCUGCGGGCGACUGGGCAGCAGAGAAGGUCAUCAGUGUUCCCAGUAAGAAAGUGGAGGGGUGGAUGUUGCCUGAAAUGCCAAGUCUCAUCACAGAUAUACUGAUUUCAUUGGACGACCGUUUUCUUUACUUCAGUAAUUGGCUCCACGGCGACAUCAGGCAGUAUGACAUCACAGACCGCAGGAACCCCAAACUGGUGGGCCAGGUGUUCUUGGGUGGAAGUAUCAUCAGAGACGGACCUGUCAAAGUCCUGGAGGACCCAGAAAACCAGGAGCAGCCCCCUCCCUGCUUUAUAAAGGGGAAGCGGGUUCCCGGCGGGCCUCAGAUGCUGCAGCUGAGUCUGGACGGGCGCCGACUCUACGUGACCACGUCUCUGUUCAGCGGCUGGGACAGACAGUUCUAUCCUGAGAUGAUCCGAGAGGGCUCGGUGAUGAUGCAGAUCGAUGUGGACUCGGUGAACGGCGGUCUCUCGCUGAACCAAAACUUCCUGGUGGACUUUGGGAAGGAGCCGGACGGCCCGGCUCUGGCCCACGAGCUGCGGUACCCGGGGGGGGACUGCACCUCGGACAUCUGGCUGUGAAUCUGAGCGGCCUCCCCAUGAUGUCCGUCCUCCUGUCCUCCACAUGAACUGUGAUCAGGAUCCUGAAUGAAUCCUCACCUUCACAGCGAGGUCUAGAAUACAAACACAGAAAGGCCUCGUCUUCCUCUGAUCAUUUAGAUCUGAUCAUUUUCUCAGUAAAGCUAUAAUUAUGUCAAGAUGAUCCUCCAGAAGCUGAUUUCUGUUGAGGUGAGGCUGCAAUGUACAAAUGUGAAGUUUAGAAGGGAAUAAACGUCAGAAAUGAGA